CAUUUUAUUUUUCAUUUGUUCAUUGUUCCUCCGGAAGUCCGGUUCCUCGAUUUACACUUUCUGCCAUCACAAUUUCAAGAAUAGACAACCCUCCUGUCGUUACUGGACUUUGUAUUGUGGAAUGUUGUGAUUGAGACACAGGAGGUUUGAGAAAUAAUUGUGCUGUGCUGCAAGGAAAGUAUUGCUGCAUUAUGAAGACGCCAAUGAUAUCAUUUCGUAUUUCGACGUAGUUCCGAACUUCCGACAUCAACUAAUAAAAUAUCAAAAUGUUAAAUUCUGCAUCAAGGUCCAAAAGUCCCAAGUCAACCAGCCUCAAUAAGUUACCAACAUCAUCAAAGCCAAAGUUGACUGGGACUAAACAGAAAGUUGCUUCAGCAGGAGCAUCAAAGAUUGAUCCAAGUAAGGAAAGAAAAAAGAAGACGAAAGUGCAGCCAAGUUUCAACAGUUGUAUAAAAGUUGCUGUGAGACUUCGACCCAAAAGCACAAAAGAAGAGGCUGAAAAAGAAGAACCUGUCAUCGUUGUUGAUGGAAACAACAUAAAACUUUUAACAAGCAUAGGAGAAACUCAUUUUUUCACAUGUGAUCAAUGUUUCUCAUCUGAUUCUAUCUCAGCUGUUGCCCAGAACAAACAUCAGCAACAAAGAGAAGUUUACGAAUACUUGGCUAAACCAUUACUAUCACAAGCUUUCCAAGGAUUCAACACUUGUUUGUUUGCCUAUGGGCAAACAGGUUCUGGCAAGAGCUACAGUAUGAUGGGGAAAAUUGGUAGCAAAAGUGAACUUGCCGAUGCGUCCGGCAUUAUCCCUCGUUUUUGCCAAGACUUUUUUAUCCACGUCGAAGAUCUGGCCAAAAACUAUGCCGAAACUUCUGUGAGUCUCUCCAUCGAGAUUCAGAUCAGUUAUUUUGAAAUCUACAAGGAGCAAAUCCAGGAUCUUUUGUGCUCAACAGGAGGAAACUUGUCUGUUCGAGAACAUCCAAAAAACGGUCCUUACGUGGUCAAUCUUACCAAGUGUCUGGUUACAUCGCUUGAAGAAGUGCAACGUUGGCUCGCUGUUGGCAAUCGAAAACGAGUUGUAGCGUCCACUUCUCAAAACAAGCGCAGCUCCCGUUCUCACGUCAUCUUCACUAUUUUUCUGUGGCAACGUUUCCAAGAAAUAAUCGACGGGCGACCGCACGUAGUUGAUAAGCACAGUCGUAUAAAUUUCAUCGAUUUGGCUGGUAGUGAAAGACUUGCUUCCACUUCAUCAACUGGUGUUAGACGUGAAGAAAGUCUAGCUAUCAAUCUUUCCUUAUUCACGCUUGGGAAAGUCAUCACUGCUUUAGCUGAGAAAAACUUUGCGCCUUACAGAGAGUCAGUCUUGACGUGGUUGUUGAAGGAAAGUUUGGGUGGCAAUUCCAAAACUGCGAUGCUGGCAACCGUCAGUCCAAGGGCUGCUCAUGUUGAAUCAACGCUGUCCACUUUGCGAUAUUCAUGCUUGGCUAGUAAAAUCGUCAAUACUGCAAGGAUCUGCGAGGAUCCCAAACCUUGUCUGAAUGAUGAUUCAUCGGUUAGGUCAUCAAUUGUAGCGACCCACAACAUGGACCAAUCUCCUUCACGUGUUAGAGAGCUUGAAAAUGAAGCCCGCUAUCUCAAGACUCUUUUGACAGAGGUUGAAAGUAAAAAAGAUUCUGCUUGGAAAGAAAAAGUGGCCCAGGCAGAAUUGAGGCGAGCUGAAGCAGAGGAAGCUCUAGCAAAUCUUGGCCUUUCAACUGUGUCUGAUCCUCAGCAGCCCUAUUUAGUUAACGUUAACCAGGAUCCUUUGUUGUCCCAAACCAUGUUUUUCCCGUUAUGCCCAGGACAAAAUUGGGUUGGUCCUAUGGUUUGCUCAAACGAAUCCCCUUCUAUUCAACUGACUGGGAUGACCAUUGAAAACAACCACUGCUGCAUCGAGUAUUCUACCGACUUGAAGAUCUUUGCGAACGCCGAGACUUAUGUGAACGGACAGCUUGUUGGCCAAUCCGAAAUCCUACUAAGACACGGAGAUCGGGUUGUAAUUGGUGGAAGCCAUUUCUUCCAUUUGCAUAAUCCUAGAGAUUCUCAAUUUAAUGAGAACAACGUGGAAAAUGAGGUUGUGGACUUUGAAACUUCGUAUCACGAACUUCGAGAAGUCCAAGAAAAGACUUUAGAAGUCGCGAUAAAGGAGGCUCAAGAAGAGGCACGUCAACAGAUGCUAUCGGAAAUUAAAACAUUUCGACAAGAAGCAACUUCCGAAAUUUUAGCCCGUCGACAUUUCUACGAAAACGAGAUUGCAUCCAUCACUCAAGGUUUACAAGCGUGGCAGAAAAUUAGUUCUCCUCCUCUCCCAUCCGUAACACAGUCGAAUAAUUGGGAAGAGAUUGAGUUGCUGCUUCAAGACACACAAAGACAGUUAGAACAGCCUCCAAACAACUUUCAAAAAGAGUCUGCAUUCGUUAUCCAGUCGAUGUUAAACGAAGCCAAUGCCAUUUGUCGACGGUUUCAGCAACCUUAUAUUUUUUCCCGCAAAGAAGCCAUUAACGAAGACUUAAAUUCUGCCGUCUGCGUUCAAGAUCAAAACAAAGGGCUCGUAAUGUAUUGGGACUUCGAUCAAAUGAGACAACGUUUGAACACACUGCGAGUAGCGGCGGAAGAAUCGAAUAAUUUUCCAACCGAAGCGAUUUUUGACACUGGUGACGUCUGGUACCAGGAAAAUGAUGCUUCGUCGUUUUUCGCCCCAAGAACUCGAGCCAAACUCCAAGAUUUGUUGAGAACUCUUAAUGACAGCAGUAUAAUUUCACCUGAUGGGAGAAAAUUCAGCCCCAAAUCUCCAAGGCGCUCAUCUUUGUUUCCUCCAUCACAAACUGAUUCCAACGCGGAAGUGGGCGCUGCAUGUUGGAAAUUAAUUCAAGAGCUUUCUGUUUCCGAAUGCUUGAUUUCGACUUUUUGUGGCAUGGCCUCUUCCAUUCAGUCCUUUUUGGAUCACCCUGAUCGCAGUGCGACUUUUGCCAUUGGACUCACUGUGAACUCGAAAUCUCUCCUAUCCAUUUUCGAAGGAUUAGUGGAUUUUAUGUUCACUAAGAGAGAAGUUAUUUCGAGUUUGCGAAACGGUUGGUUAAAAACUACCAGUGAAUCCAGAAAGAGACUGCAAAACGCGCUAGAAUUUGUGAUACAGGGCGUCGCAUUAGACUCUUCUGGUCUUUUUAUGGAAUGGAUACCUCUUUCAAAAAAUGCUUUCAAUAGCAUUCUUGUCGUGUACUGCGAACUAUCUGUGGUAUUUUGCACUGAAGCUACUUAUUUGGAUUUUUUGUCGCCCGCUACUGCUUUAACCGGCUUCACUUCAGCUCACAAGAAAGUGCACGAGUCCAUCAUCGUUCUAGCCGAAGAAAUUCGUCUUAAAAUUGAACAGCUACCAGAGCAUACAUCGCCCAAUCCCAGCCUUACUAAUAAUGGAUGUUCCGUUACGAAUGCAUGCUACAAUAGCGUCCAUCACGUUAUUGGCCUCCUUGAGGAACUGAGGCCCACUACUGAGGACGCCCAGGAUUCUUUCGCUUCCGGAGAUAUGCAGCUUCGUGAUUUACAUUUGAAAUUUCAUCAACGCGUAGAUCUUUUACUACGUCUGGGAAAAACCAUCGAGCAUUUGUUUGGACAUUUAAAAAAUCAAGUGCUAACUCAAGUAAAAGUGUGUGCGGCCGCAUUGAAUUCGAUGGCCAUCGAGUACUCGAAUUUAAUGGGUGUCACUUCCGAGUCCCCAUUCUUGUGUGAGCUGUCAUACUAUACCUUAACUGUUCAUAGAUGUGUGGGUAACAGAAAAAGAAAGACGUUGUUACAAAAAGGCCGGGAUUUACAUUACAGCCCAGUUCCACCACAAAUGCUCGUCACUCCACCACCCAAAACUAAUUCUGAAACAAGGAACGUUUAGAUAACUAAAAGUCAUUAGUGUAAAUGUUGUGUUUUUCUGAAAUAAUCCUAAACACUGUAAUCUGA